GUUCAUUUGGAGCUUUAAACGCUGGAAGGAUAUAUGCUCAGCGAACGCUUCCUUCGCUCCUCUGACAGUUCCUCCUUCUCUUCGUCCAAAUCGCGAUCCCUGGACAGACCUUCCAUCAGCCGAGAUGCAAAAACUGACCACUGCCGCCCUCUUUGUCCACUUUGCUGGGCUGGUCCUCCUGGCCGACGGGGCUGAAAGGGUCUACUAUUUGGGGAUCCGCGAAGUGGAGUGGGAUUACACUCCUCUCGGGAAGAACGUGGUCACCGGACAAAGCAUCGCAAAUGACCAGGCAGCCUCCCUGUUCCUCCAGCCCUCCAAGGACAGGAUUGGCAGCAUCUACACCAAGUCUGUCUAUAAGCAAUACUUGGACGCUGCCUACGCCUCCGAAGUGCCCAAGCCGGCUUGGCUGGGGUUCCUUGGGCCCAUCAUUCGGGCCGAAGUGGGGGACACCAUCCUGGUUCACCUGAAAAACUUUGGCCACCGGCCGUUCACCAUCCAUCCUCAUGGCGUCUUGUACAAGAAGGAUUCGGAAGGGUCCCUGUAUCCCGAUGUAUCCUCACAGGAUCUCAAGGAGGAUGAUGCCGUCGCACCAGGAGGGAACUACACUUAUACCUGGACCGUUCCUGAGGACCAUGGCCCAACGGCCGACGAUCCAGCCUGUUUGACAUGGAUCUAUCAUUCCCACAUCAAUGCGCCGAGAGAUAUCGCCACCGGCUUAAUUGGGCCGUUGCUGAUCUGCAGAGAAGGGACCCUGAAAAGCCGCUCCCAAAGGCGCCACGAUGCCGACCUCGAUUUCUUCCUGAUGUUCAGCGUAGUCGAUGAGAACGAAAGCUGGCACUUGCAAGAAAACAUCCGCUCCUUCUGCCAAGAGCCAGACUCAGUGGAUGAGGAAGACGAGGGGUUCAAAGAGAGCAAUAGGAUGCAUGCGAUUAACGGUUACCUGUUUGGGAACCUACCCGAGAUGAGCAUGUGCGCCGGGGACCAUGUGUCUUGGCACCUCUUUGGGAUGGGCAGCGAGAUGGAUGUCCACACUGCCUUCUUCCACGGACAGACCCUCGUGGUUCGCGGCCACAGGACCGACGUGGUCAGCCUCUUCCCGGCCACAUUUGUGGCCGCUGAAAUGACCCCUUAUAACGCUGGGAAAUGGCUGCUGAGCUGCGCGGUCCACGAUCACUUGCAAGCGGGGAUGGAAGCUCUAUAUGAAGUCAAGAACUGCUCCUAUCUAAAGCCAGAGCCUGCCUUGAAGGGAAAGCUUCGGAAAUAUUACAUUGCGGUCAAGGAAGUGCAGUGGGACUAUGGACCUUCGGGAUUAGACCAAAGCACCGGGAAGAGCCUACAAGAACCAAACAGCUUUUCAGAGCUGUACUUCAAGCAAAGCUCCAGUCGGAUCGGAGGCACGUACUGGAAAGCCAAGUAUAUUGAAUAUACGGAUGGAAGUUUUCGGGUGGAGAAGGCGCGAAAGGAAGAAGAGAAACAUCUUGGGAUCCUUGGACCAGUGAUCAGAGCAGAAGUGGGAGAUACCAUCCGGGUAGCCUUUGCAAACAAAGCCUCCUGGCCUUUCAGCAUCCAGCCCCACGGUGUCUUUUAUGGAAAGGAGUGGGAAGGAAGCCUGUAUCAUGAUGGUUCAUCCCGGAGAGGAUCUGUUGUGAGGCCUCUGGGGAACUUCACCUACCAGUGGACGGUCCCACAACAUGUGGGUCCCACGGCCACAGACCCUCCUUGCUUGACGUGGAUGUACUCUUCUGCGGCAGAUCCCACCAGAGACACCAAUUCUGGGUUAAUGGGGCCCUUGCUUGUCUGUAGACCUGGGACUCUCGACGAAAGAAACCAGCAGAAAGGUGUCGAUAAAGAGUUUUAUGUCUUGUUCGGCGUCUUUGACGAAAACCUCAGCUGGUAUCGGGAUGCCAAUCUGAAAUACUUGAAGCAUUUCCCAAAGCAAGACAAGGCCUUUGAGGAUGAAGUCUUCAUAGAGUCCAACAGGAUGCAUGCCAUCAAUGGGUUCAUGUACAGCAACUUGCCUCUCCUGGAGGUCUGCAAAGGAGAAACCGUUUCCUGGCAUCUCUUGGGUCUUGGCAGCGAAGCGGAUGUCCAUGGAGUGGCAUUCCAGGGGAAUACGGUCCUGAUGAACGGACAGAGGAGAGAUGCCACCAAUAUCUUCCCCCACACUUUUGCCACAGCCCUCAUGCAGCCAGACAAGGAAGGGACGUUUGAGCUGUACUGCCAGACUAGCAACCACUACCAGUCCGGGAUGAAAGGACGCUACUCCGUCCAGCAAUGUGGGAAGGGGUUGCCCUUCCUUGACCCACGGUACGAGAGAGUAAGGACCUUCUACAUCAUGGCGCAAGAGAUAGAGUGGGACUACGCUCCAGAUCGCAGCUGGGAACUGGAAAGACACAACCAUUCUGCAGGAGAAAGGUAUGGCGAGGUGUUUCUGAGCCACGAGAACGGACUGCUGGGCUCCAGGUACAAGAAAGCCGUCUUUCGAGAAUACACCGAUGGGACGUUCAAGACCCCAAAGGAGAGGAACCAUGGAGAGGAACAUCUAGGGAUUUUGGGUCCUUUCAUUUGGGCAGAAGUGGGAGACGUGCUCAACAUCGUGUUUCGGAACAACGCAACUCGCCCAUACUCCAUUCAUGCCCAUGGCAUUGUGGAAAAGAACAACGGAGGCUCAGGAGCUGCAACGCCAGGUGAAAUUGUGACCUAUCAAUGGGAUGUCCCUGAAAGAUCUGGUCCAGGACCAAACGAUUCCACCUGCGUCUCUUGGAUCUACUACUCCAGAGUGGAUCCCGUAAAGGAUAUCUUCAGCGGCCUUGUUGGGCCCUUAAAGGUCUGCCGCAAAGGAUCCCUGGGUUUGGAUGGCAGAAGGAAAGGAGUAAGCAAAGAGUUUGCCCUCCUCUUCUUGGUUUUUGAUGAAAACCAGUCCUGGUACCUGGAGGAAAACGUGAAAAAUUACGGCCAGGAGAAGUGGAACCGUUCCCUUGGAAAGGAUGAGGAAUUCAUGGAAAGCAACAAGAUGCACGCCAUCAAUGGGAUGCUCUACGCAAACUUGCCUGGGCUGACGAUGCAUGAAGGUGACUGGGUGAACUGGUACCUACUGGGAAUGGGUCAGGAGAUUGACGUGCACACAGUGCAUUUCCAUGCUGAGACCUUCAUUUACCGGAGCGGCAAAGGCUACAGAGCAGACGUGGUGGACCUCUUCCCUGGGACUUUCGAAAUGGUGGAGAUGCUGGCGGGGAAUCCGGGCACAUGGCUGCUCCAUUGCCACGUGGCCGACCACAUCCAUGCUGGCAUGGAGACGCUUUUCACUGUCUUGCCCAGGCCAGAUGUCAUGCCUUUGGACAUUAGCUCUGCGGCAGAGAGACCUCCUGAAGACGACCAAGACUCCCAUCACAUCUCAUUGUUUGGCUCGAAACUGGCGCCUGGGCAAGCAAAAGCAACCAUUAUUCUCCUCGCCGUCGUCGGGAUCGUCCUGCUCCUCAUUGCCAGCGUCCUACUGGGGGUGAUCCUCUACCGCGAGAGGCAAAAGAGGCUGCGGCGCAACCGGCGCUCCAUCCUGGACGAAAGCUUUAAGCUGAUGGCUACAAAAACGCCUGAGAUUUAAGGCGGAGAAAUCUCUAAGACCGGAGGGAAACAUCCUAGAAGGAUAAGUUUUGCAAUAACAACAAAUGCAAGAAACAUUUCAACAUGACUCUAUGAGAUUUCCUCUUAGGAAAGUCAUACAAGAAGUAUUUCUAGCCAAUGACUGAAAGUGUUGCGACUGUGCAAAGCCAUCCCUGUGGAGGCUUCAAGACAAUGGCCUGCAUGGUGUAAAGCUAUACUCAUGUGGUUACACAGUGGUUUGCACUAUACUGUCCUUUUGCAUGUCCACACUGGAACUGCCUCCAAUUCUACCCUCUAACCACAACUAUGCAUAGUAUGGAUCAAGAAGCCAUAAAACCUAGAAUCCUGUUGGUGACAUGUACCUCUGCAACUUCCUUUACGUUUGCAUUUUCACUUUAUUUUUGGCCACUGUGCAACGGACAUAUUUAAUUCCUGACUGUGCAAGCAGAUUCCACAACGGUCGUAAUUCACCAUAGGUCUACCUUCACAAAUCACUCUAGAUUAGAGAGGGACCAUUGGUUGCAUGGCUCUACUGUAGUUGGGAGCAACAAAGAGGGUUCUAGCUGUGCAGCUACAUGUGCAUUUUUGGUUGAUGCAUCACUGUUUUCUAGUGCCUUCAGUGUGACCCUUGAAUAUCCCAAACAGCCAUUGUGGAUUUGCCAGUACGAGGAGACAAGGCACCUGGGUGGGUACACCAUUUGUAGUUCCUUUGCAAAUAGUUGUACGAUGUCAGCGUUCAGCAAAAGGAUAGUCCUUUGAGGCGCUCCUCCAGGCUAGAAGCCAAGAGGAGAGCGAAUAGGUUUCAGCUGAGAGAAGCAGAGGCCUUUUAGAAGAGCUCCAGCUGCAGACAUUCUUUGCAGCCGACAACCAGUUUUGCAGCUUUGUUGUUCCUUGUUGUUUGAUUCAUGACUCUGGUUAUCUGACCCCUGGACUUGCUUUAUGCCCUUUGCUAUGACUGACCGACUGGUAUUGCUGUGGCCUUUGGACUGGACACUGGACUAGGGGUGUGUGUGUGUGUGUGUGUAUUGCCCUCAGGACAUGAGGUCUCUUUCAUGUGACACAAUUAUAGUGCUAUCAUCCCACUUUAACUGCCUUAAUCCCAGUCUGGAGAGGGGUAUUUAGGAUCCUCAUUCCUAAUCAAACUACAAAUCCCAGGAUUCCACAGUCGUAGCAAUAUCCUAGGGUCGCUCCAAUGGUGUACCAUGGAAAGGUAUGUAACAGGUUAAUUUAAAAACCAAAAUUAUAAGCAGAUUUACUCGGGAAGCCUGGAGCCGGCUGGAAAGGAAAACAUAGUUUAUUUAGUUGCAGCUUGUCCCCAGAAGCAAAUGCAUCCAAAUUUCUGGGACUCCCGAUUCCAAAGCUGAACCAAGCUUUUUAUACUACUACAAAUCACAUCUCAUUGGUUUCAUGCAUAUAAAAUAAAUAUGUACACCUCUUUACAUUUGUUGGAUGUUCAAAUAUUGCACCUAAUGCACAUCUCUAUCCCUCGUGGGGAAGCCAUCUGUCAAACUUAUCUAUGUAUGUUUUUUCCUUUAUCGUCUCCAAAGACCAUUCUCCCAAUUUAUCUC